AUGGCCGCCGAGGCUGCUAAACCCCACCCCCCCGGCGGCACGAGCAAGCUGGUCGGCCCCCUCGCCAUCGUCGCCUACCUGCUCUCCCUCCCGGUGCUGGCGUUCGGCAUCUGGCUCGUGAGCACCCGCGACUACGACUGCGAGGACCUGCUGCGGGAGCCCAACGUCCGCGUCUCCGUCGGCGUCGGCCUCCUUCUCGUGUUCGCCAUCAGCAACUUCGUGGUGUACUACGGCGACAGGGUGCUGAUGCCGGGCCACAUGGUGCUCUCGGUGGCGCUCGUGGUGAUGCUCACCGCGGGGCUGUCGCUCGUCGGCACCUACAGGAUGGAGGCACGCGGCCUGCCGGGGUCGCCGCUGUGGCUCCGCAACCGCGUCAUGCGAGCCGAGACGUGGAAUGAGGUCAAGACCUGCCUCUAUGGCGAUAUGAUAUGCGAAGACUUGGCCUACCGAACCAUCCAAUUCACUUCGCAUGAUUUCAGCUUGACGAAGUUAUCUGCACUCGAGUGCGUUUUAUUAUCUUGA